CCUGGUCCACCUCAUCACCCGAUUUUUGGUCACCUGAUGGCCAUGGCCGAAGCCUCGCGAGCCUCUCCUCGAGCUUGCGCAGGUCAAAGUAUGCCCCUGCUCAUCAAGCAAAAAUACAACUUGCCCGACUUGUUCUAUCUGGAUCUGUGGCCCCUAUCACUCUCGCUGUGCAUCACAACUCAUCCAUCAUACAGUAGCCAGUUCAUCGUUCAGAGGUCUAUGCCCAAACAUCCAGUCAUCGAAACCAUCCUCUCGUGCAUAACUGGAGGUGAGAAUAUGCUGACUAGUGACGGCGCUCAAUGGAAGACAUGGAGAUCUGCCUUCAAUCCGGGUUUUUCUGCCGCUCAUCUCAUGACCGUUAUGCCCGCAAUUGUUGACAAUGUGGCUACAUUUGCUCAAAUCCUUCAGAAACAUGCCAUGGAGGACAAGCUGUUCCGCAUGGAACAUUAUGCAACUCGUUUGACCAUAGACAUCAUUGGUAAAGUAGUCCUGGAUGAUGACUUUAAUUCUCAAUUGAGAGAACAUCCUCUCGUCACAGCCUUCGAAAGCCAAGUCAGAUGGAUGAAGGUUUCUCCUGGCAUACAAAAGCCUCUACAAGUUUUCAAUAUCUUUCGACCGUUUGUACAGUGGUGGAACUCCAGACAGAUGGAUACCUACGUGGAUAACAUCCUCGAAGAAAGGUUUGCGUCACGCAAUACCAGAGGCAAGAAGAAACAUGUCAUCGACCUAGCACUCGAGACUUAUCUCAAGGAGAACAACGUGGACGAGUCCUCGAAACUCGAUCCCAACUUCAAGGCUGCUGCUUCACAUAAUAUCAAGAUCUUUAUCUUUGCUGGCCACGACACAAGCAGCUCGACGAUAUGCUACUGCUUUUAUCGACUCAGUAAACAUCCGACGGCACUUGCUCGACUGCGAAAGGAAUGCGAGGAUAUCUUUGGCAUGGAUAUUGGCGAGACUGGCGAUAUGAUCAAAGCUGACCCGUAUCUGCUCAACCGCAUGAGAUAUGGAGACGCAGUCAUCCGUGAAACACUAAGAUUCUACCCUCCUGGAAACACUGUCCGUGCUGGAGCUGAAGACUUCUUCAUUGCUGAUCCAGAGACUGGUGAGCGCUACCCUACCGAUGGGUGGCUUCUGUGGGCUCACAACCUUGGCCACAUGGUGAACCCUACCAUCUGGGGCGAAGACGUCAACUCUUUCCGUCCCGAACGCUGGCUCGCCGAAGAAUCACAAACGAAGAACGGUGCAGACCGUGACGCUUUCAUGGCAUUCUCAAAGGGCCCUCGUAAUUGCAUUGGUCAAGAACUGGCAAUGCUAGAGACGAAAUUGGUGCUUGCCAUGACAAUACGCCAACUUGAUUUCCAAGAAGCGUUUGCAGAAGUGGAGAAGCUGAAGAAUGACGGUACGGGUUACCCGAGUGAUUUGAGUGGUGUACAAGAACAGUUUGGUGACAAGGCAUAUCAGAUCCAGUUGGGUACUGCCAAGCCAAGGGAGGGUAUGCCUUGUCGUUUGAGUUUGGUUGCUAAGUAG